UUCACGUUCUCGGAGCUCUUCGCCGGCGUCGGCGGGUUCGGGAUCGCGCUUCGGUCGCUGGGAGGGUCCGUCGUGUUCGCGUCCGAGAUGUGCCCGCACGCGCGACGCACCUACGCGGCGAACAACGUCGUCGAAAUCGGCGACGCGCCGCCGGCGUUGAUCGUGGGGGACAUCACGGACGUGUGCGAGGAUAUCAUCCCGCCGCACGACAUCCUCACCGGGGGGUUUCCGUGCCAGUCGUUCAGUCAGCGCGGGGAGAGGAAAGGGUUCGAGGACGCGCGCGGGCAGCUGUUCCGGGAGAUCGCGAGAGUGCUGGGCGCGAGGAAGCCGACCGCGUUUUUCCUCGAAAACGUCGAGGGGUUGGUCACCUUGGACGACGGCGCGGCGUUUCAGAUCAUCUUGAAAGAGCUCGAAGACGUCGGGUACGACGUGCACUCGCGCGUGUACGACGCGAAAGGGUGGGUCCCGCAGAGCCGGAAGCGGGUGUACCUGGUCGGGUUCCGGAAAGACGCGGCGUUGGCGACGCCGUUCCGGUGGCCGCCGCGCCGCGACGACUGCGGCGGCACCGUGGACGACAUCUUAGAAGAAGAAGUAGAAGAAGAAUCCCCCGAUGACGGGUACGACGCGGACGUCGAGGACGACGACGCGAACGUGUUCACGUCGUGCGAGGUGUCCGAGUACCAGAUGGAUCGCGCGAGCGCGUACUUUAAGCGCGUGCAUCACAGAGAGCCGGACCACCCGGGGUUUUUGUUCGCGGAAACCGGCGGCGUCGCGCGGACGCUGUGCGCGUCCUACCGCAAGUCGUCCGCGUACAACGCCGAGCUCGUCAGGGCCGACGCGACGUCGACCCGACGCGCGCGGCCGAGGUACUACACCCCGAGGGAGGCUGCGCGCGUGAUGGGGUUCCCCGAGACGUUCCAGCCGGACCCGGAGCGGGCGUACCACGAGCUCGGGAACGCGGUCGUGCCGCCUCUCGUGCGAACGAUCGCGGAGGCGAUCUUGAGGAGCAUGGGGGAGUCUCGAUAG